AAGAAAUCAUUCCCUUUAAGAACACAGCCCUUUAACAAUGAUUUACCUGGCCACACCUGUCUGUCCACCCACAGACCUCUCGCAAUAACAACAGCGUCAAACUCAACGUUGACAGGAGAGCUUGGUACAAAAAGAAGACUAAUUUACCAACAACAACGAAUUAAAAUAACAGUCAAGGAAAUCUAAAUGUCAUCAGGAAAAUACCUGUUGGGCAUACAAUAUCGAGUGCAACUCGGGGGUCAUUUAAUUAAUUUGUCUGAUAAUUAAAGUAAUUACUGAAUAUGACAGAUAUCCUAGCAACAAAUCUGGGGCCUACUGAGAAAGAGUCUCCAGAAACAACUGUAGAGCCCCAAACACCAGGAUGGAUGGCAGAAGGAAAUGAGAAGCUAAAAGACGCUGAGAAUGGUCUCGAGACCUCUCCUGAAGGGGAAGUCAUGAGUUUUGCCUGUAUGGAGCCCAGCACCCUACAAUGGAGCUACCCUGGAGAGAAGGAUGCUCUCAAAGAAUUUGGGAGGUCUGUAUCUCAGGAGAUCGAAAGAGACAGAGGAGAAGGAAAGGAGGCCGACGGUGAGAGAGCGAGCAUGCAGUCUGAGUGUUUGUCACUCAGGGGAGGGGAGAGCAGGACGGAGAGCGAGCGAGAGCUCAGGACGCGGGAGAAAAGGAAGACUGCAGAUGGAUGGCAGGAGCUGGAAAAGGAGAGGGAGAAGGAGAGGGAGGUAGAGUUGGAGCUGAGAGCACGACAGAAAGGAUCUCACUUGGAGAUUGAGAUGGAGGAGGUCAACUCCUUGCCAGAGGAGGCAGCACGGGUUUUCAGCCCCAACAGGCUGUGUAUUUCCAGUUUACCAGAGUCCCCCAGAGAUUGGGAAGGUGCAGAGAAGAGCCCUUUCCUGGGGUCACAUGGAGCUCCUCUGAAUGGCUACUACCAAGACUGGGGACCAGAAGAAUCACCAAAAUCGGGAUGUGGUUGCUGCAGUCGUGAUGCACUGAAACUUGCCGCCUCUGUGUUCUCGGGUGCCCUGCUGUUCCCUUUCCUGGUUUGGGGAGGAUACGUCUUCCUCCCGUUCGAUGCCCCUCUGCUGGAAACCGCACCCUUGAGGCUGGUCUACACACUCCGAUGCUCAGUGUUUGGAGUUGUGCCCAUUGUGCUGGGAUUGUUGGUGUUGGGGAUAUCACGUGUGCAUUUUAAUGUCUUAAGGCCCCAGUUUGAGAGUCAGACUGAGGUGAAGGAAGUGAGCGUGCACCGCCAUUUCGUUGAUGAAUCUAUCUCCUUGUUCCUACUGUACUUCAUCCAGCUGGCUGUCUUGGCAGCUUAUCUGAACCACGACCUACUCAAACUAGUGCCUCUGUUGACUAUUGUUUUUACCUUUGGCAGGCUUUGCUACUGGGUGGCAGCAGCCCUUGGCAGUAGCCUCAGAGGGUUUGGUUUCGCUCUGUCCUUCUUGCCCAUGGUCACCAUGUUGGUGGCCAACAUGUACUUCAUCUUUGUGCUGGAUGCUGAAGGCGGCCUCUUCGCCAAGGAGGCCCGUGCCGCCCAAGAGUCCCCUUCCACCUACCGGCAGAGAUUCUGGGGUUGAUCCGUUGCUCCAAAGGGGUUAUGUUGCCAAAUUGGGGUCCUUUCCAUUCACUUUUUAAAUUCAGAUUACAAAGAUCAAAUUUUUUCUGAGCUGUUGAAUGCCUCACUGUCAGUGAUCACUGUCAGCAUAAUACGGCUCUGAAUAUGUUUAUUAUAUGAUGAACUAGACAAAAUAACUACAAUUUACAUGAUUGUGUUUUAAUGACUUGCAUCAUGUUAGAUUGACCUUUGGUGAACAAUUACGCAGCCUUACUACUGCAGAAGAUAAAGAAAACUAGUCUAACAGAUUUUUUGAUAGAGUGCCUUUCAGAAACAUUUAUGAUUCUUGGAGAUCGAAGGAGUAAGCAUCCUUUUGAAGGUAGUAAUGCUUAGUAUUUAAGCUUCUUUGUAUGUGAACUGGAUUCCCUGUACUCCAAACCCAGUUUCUGCAGUAACUAGUAGAUCUGUUUACUUUUCUCCUCUGCAAUAGUUUUGAUGUUUGUCAUGCCUACAUUGUUAAUGUUUACAUUUAUAAUAAACACACAAUCCUAACUCUU